AUUGUUUAAGGAAAUAAUAAGAGUGAAACAGUGAAACAAUUUGAAUGUAUAAUCAUUUGAUAUUUAAAAGAAUAUUAUCGAAAAUACUCACCAGUAGAAGCAGAACAUUAUCCACUGUAAUAGCCAACAAUAUGGAGGGAGUGAUCACAACCACUGCUGGCCUGAAACGUCCAGCUACCAGCAUCCUACCAUCGCCCUCUAAAAAAACGAAUUUUGUCGGCAUUUCUCCCCUUAGGGAGUUGACCAAUGUCAAAACUCCCACUGACAGGGCUUUCAGAGUUUCGAUAGAAGGAAACAUCGGGGCUGGAAAAUCGACCCUCAUCAAAUAUUUCCAACAUAUGGAUGUCAUCGAAACAUACCCUGAACCACUGGAAUGGUGGAGGAACUUAGAAGGCCACAACCUUCUGGAUCUAAUGUACUCGAACAUCACCGAAUGGCUCAGGGUGUUCCAAAGUUACGUGCAAUUCACGCGAUUGGCCAUCCAGACGUCGAAACCUUCUAAGAGUACCACCACCGUGCAAAUGUUCGAAAGGUCGAUACAGAACAACAGGUUCUGUUUCAUGGAACAGGCUCAUAGGAGCGGGUACUUGCAUGGUGCGGAUUAUACGGUGCUCGAUCAUUGGUACAGGUGGAUCAGAGCCAAUGAGGACAUCAGUUUGGAUUUGAUAGUUUACCUGCGAAGCACACCCGAAGUCGUCUACGAACGGGUGAAAGCUCGAGCCAGACCCGAAGAGAGCGGAAUCACCCUGCAAUAUCUGACAGAGCUCCACGACAGUCACGAGCGAUGGCUCAUGACCGACGACGAGCGGUUCAACACCAUCCCGGUUUUGGUGUUGGACGCCGAUAAAACGAUUGAUGAGAUCACUCAGCAGUACAAGGAGAACGAGAAGAAGAUUUUGGGGUUCGAAAAGCGCGAGAGGAAGAACGUCGAACAGGACGAGAAGGAUAAGGUCAAGAAGGCGUUGUUUUCUUGAUAGGGAAUUCAUGCAGGGAUUCUGUUUGCAACCAAAGAGUUUCUAUAAUAUUUUCCAGAAACAAAUAUUCACGAUAGAAUCCCUAUUAUCAAGACAUUUAAGAGUGAUUUAUUCCACAUAUACAGUGCUGAUACCGGAGUGCCUACAGUUCUGAACCGAUCAUUUCGUUUUUGUUUCACCAGAUAUAUUAUCGAUGGUUCCACGAACGUUUACACAUAUUUGCCAAAUUUAAUUACAAUAUAUGUUGAAAAUUGUGAAAUAUCAUUAUCGAAUUUUUUUAUUGACAAAAUCCCACAAGCCGCGUGAUUUUGUCAUUAUGACAGCGAAAAAAGUUAUGACAACCAGCCAUAAGCAAAAAAAUGAUGAAAUAAAUUGUCUUACCGAAUUACACUCUAGCUUUUUUUGAGUGGAAGUGAACUUGGCAUUUAUAAUUCUUUAUAAAACUGCCAGAAAAAAUUACUCCCUAGGACUCGUAAUUUUUUCAGAGGCAUUUUUUUUUCGUCAAAUUGCCAGGCAACAAAAUUUUUAUUGAUAUAUGUCAAGUUUACUUCAACAAAAAAAAGCUCUCGUGUAAUUAUGAGUGAAAAAUGGGAAAACAAUCUUUGAGAUUCUUUUACUGUUUUCUGAAAAAAAUUCAUGGGGACUUUUGUUGCAUCAGUACGGAUUUAGAAUCAUUUUCAUAGGUUUCUCCGGGUCCUUUGUAAGGCAAGUUAAUUCGGAAUUAGACCAGCUUUGAGAUUAUGCAAUGAUUCUCUUCAGCUAUAGGGAAUCGUAGAAAAAACAAUGGGAAUUAAAUACAGGGCAAUAAAUAAUUAACGCGACCCAACUAACUAAUGAUAGCGAAAUAAUUUUCUAAGAGUGCAAAAUUGUAAACGGUAUUUCUUCGUGUAUAUUUUUGCCUCGAUUUUUGUCGCGUUCUCGUUCGCUGUGUUAUCUUUGAAGUUGGAAAGAUUUCAUGUAUAGUUAUUUUGAGUUAGAGUAGUAAUUUCACCUACUUUUCUUAAUUAUAUCAUAAUGAAAACGUUCUAAAUAUGUAAAUAACAAGAAGUUCAAAUUUAGAGUUGUUUCAACGGACUUAUUGAAUAAACUUGUUGAACCAC